GAUAAAUAUGACUUGGAUUUGAGUGUUCCGCACAUCUCCCAUGCCGUCGACGACAUGAUGAAGGAGCGGUUCAAGGAUUACCGCAGUAAGUUACACCAGCAAUACAAGCGGUGCAUGAGCCACGAGGAGGCCGUACAGUCCGCAUCGCUGCACGUGACCGAUGAGGACUGGCGGAUACUCUGCGAUAGGUUUUCGUCUGAUUCUUUUCAGAAGAGGAGCAAAAUAAAUUCUGACAAUAUAGGAAAGUUAGAAGUAAACCAUGUAGCUAGUUUAAAGUCAUUUGUACGACUUCGUCACGACAUGCGAGAUUCCGUCACUGGCCAGGAGCCCGGACCAGUAGACUUCUGCAAAGGGACUCACUGUCGGCAGUCGACAGGAUCUUGGGUACAUCCUAGAGCCAGCAAGAUUUGGGAGGAGAUGAACACCUUACGCAGUCAGCCCACUCCCGAUGGUACUCAGCGGAGUGAGCCAGAGAUCCUGAGGCAGGUGCUUGGCAUCCGUUCUGGAUAUGUGCGUGGGUUUGGCCAUGGUGCCAAGCUCAUGGCAUCCGCUAGAGCUUCCUCCAGCCGAUCCAUCGUCGUUGGCGACAGCGCCGUACACCGAGUUGAUAAUGCAGAGAGAGAGGUUCAGCAGUUACGGGUCGUCGUCGAUGACAUCAAAGAUCAUGUUGGUUAUCAGUUGGCGAUGGAGAGUGAAGAUUCGGGAGAAGAUACAAAUAGUGUCAUAGUUGCUCGGGCGAUAAUGGUUUUUGUGGUGGCUGUCGAGGAAUAUUAUCGUAAAUACAUAUUCAAACAGCCGGCUCAUUAUGGAGAUGAUGAGCGAGCCAGGCCGGACCAGCGACUCCCUCUGAGAUUCAGACAAACUCAAAUUGAGCUGCUUACUUUCAGGUGGUACGGCAGACCGGAUGUCUAA